AUUGGCAGUGAGUAGGAGGCGGAUAAUGGAGGACUCUGGUCUCUUGGCUCCCUUCCAUGUAAACACAAAGACUGCAGCUCCGUUAACUGUGAUCUACACGUCUAAUGCCGACAGACAUGGAGCCAGGAUGCUGCACAAUUCUGUUCUCUGCUAUCCUGGGUGUUAUAAUAUUUUAUUUGCUAUGGACUCACCUUUAUAGGAGGCACAGGCUUCCCCCAGGUCCAACCCCUCUCCCACUAAUAGGAAACUUGUUGGAGGUCAGAAAUGGACAGACGGCAAAGACACUAAUGGAGCUGGGUAAGAAGUAUGGCUGUGUAUAUACCUUUUACUUUGGGCCUCACCCUGUUGUUGUGUUCUGUGGCUAUGAAGCUGUCAAGGAGGCUUUGGUGGAUCAUGGAGAAGACUUUAUAGGUCGUGGUAGACAGCCCACCGUGGACAGAGUCUUUCAAGGAUAUGGUCUAAUACCAAGUGAAGGAAAUCGGUGGCGGCAGCUCAAGCGCUUCACCCUCACCACACUCAGGAAUUUUGGAGUGGGUAAGAGGACUAUCGAGGACCGGAUUAAAGAAGAAUGUGGUUUCCUAGUGGAGGAGCUCACAUCAUACAAAGGGCGCCAGUUGGACCCAGCCAUAAUAAUCACCAAGGCGGUAUCCAAUGUCAUCAGUUCGGUCGUGUUUGGCAGCCGCUUCCAAUAUGAGGAUGCUGGGUUCCAUAGAAUGCUGGAUAUUUUUUAUGAAACGUUUGAGCUCAUGAGCUCCAUCUGGGGGCAGAUACAAGACAUGAUCCCAAUGAUAAUGAAUCACCUCCCUGGACCUCACCAGAAGAUCGUCACAUUAUUGGAAGAGCUGAAUGAUUUUAUUACGGAGCGAGUGAAGCUGAACCAAGAGACGUUGGAUCAACAAAAUCCUCGGGACUACAUUGACUGCUUCCUCGUGAAAAUGCAAGAGGAGAAGGACAAUCCUGAAUCCGAAUUUAACAUGAGGAAUCUAAUUCUAACCCUUAACAAUCUAUUUUUCGCUGGUGGGGAGACUGUGGCCACAACAUUAAAACAUGGAUUUCUUGUUCUUCUUAGGUAUCCGGAUAUACAAGCUAAAUUACAUAAAGAAAUAGAUGAUGUGAUUGGACGCAAUCGGCAGCCAAAUACCGAUGACCGGAGCAGGAUGCCAUACACAGACGCUGUAAUCCACGAGAUCCAGAGAUUUAGUAAUGUGAUCCCCAUGAACGCACCACAUUCUGCUACCAGGGACACAAACUUCAGAGGUUACACUAUCCCCAAGGGAACGGGCAUCUGCGCCUUGCUGUGUUCUGUGCUUCAGGAUCCUACAUAUUUUGCUACUCCAGAAAAAUUUAAUCCUGAACAUUUUUUGGAUUCUGAGGGAAAUUUUAAGAAAAAUGACGCAUUUGUUCCAUUUUCUCUAGGAAAGAGGUCCUGCCUUGGAGAAGGUUUGGCCCGCAUGGAGCUCUUUCUAUUUCUUACCUCCAUUCUACAGAAUUUCAAGCUGACUUCACAGACACAGUUUACAGACUCUGAUAUUUACCCCCGAAUGGCUGGUUUCGCCAAUGUUCCCAUUCUUUAUGAGAUGUCCUUUUUGCCACGUUGACUUUAAGACUAUGUUCAGACUACGGAAUAUUCCCACGGAGAACCUACGUGCGUACAUUCCGGACACUGUGGGGUUCGGGAUCCGGCACGGAAAUUCUGCCGUGUGAACAUGGGCUAAGAGUUUAUGAGGAUUAUUUGCUUCCCACACAGUUGGAACUACCUGUCCAUAUGUAAGAAGUUAAUGUGUUAGGAUCAGGGCUCAAGUCCUGCAGGAAUGUGUAGGAAUCGAGUUUCUGCAUUUUUUCCAACAGCAGGAUCACCAUUCCCAUUAGCAGGAGUCCUGCAGGACCAGCCCUCGAUUGGAAAUCGUGGUUGAGUUCCCUCCCUCUUUUUCCCAGGACUUGACCCCUGGUUAGGACCUUGUCCUUCUUGGAAAUUCUUUAUGAGCAGUACAAGAGCAAAGACAGUUUUGGAAAAUGAAGUCUUGUUGAGUAUACCAUUUUCUAAUACACGUGUAGUAUUAAAGGGGUACUCCCGUGGAAAACUUUUUUUUUAAUCAACUGGUGCCAGAAAGUUAAACAGAUUUGUAAA